AAAUUGCGUGCCUCUGGGGUCCUUGAUACCUUAGGGUGCUGGGGGAAGAGGUAUCGUGCGAUGUUUCGGCAGGUGGCGCAGCGCCUAGCUUGCACUGCUCGCAGAGGCCUCAGCACUUCAGCAGUUUGCAGAGAGGGCGACAAGGGACCAGCAGAGUUCUUAAAGAAAUUCAGUCCCCACGUCUCCUCGACUCUGUCUCCGCCAAGCUUCCCAUCUGAGUUUUUACCUAAGGCAAAGGAGGCCGAAGAAGGCGCAGCCGUACCGGAGAAGCUCACGCUCAACUUCUUUCUACCUCAUGAGACAACUGUGAAAGACUCAAAGGUGGACCUGGUGCUGCUGCCAGCGCUGACAGGAGACUUUGGAGUGAUGCCCGGCCACGUGCCGACGGUGGCGCAGCUGCGGCCGGGGGUGGUCACGGUGCACAAGACGCUGGACAAGGAGAUCGAGAAGUAUUUUGUCAGCAGCGGCUUUGCCUUUGUGCACGCAGACAGCAGCACGGAUGUGUGCGCGGUGGAGGCUGUCAAGCUUGAGGACCUGGACCCCGAGGCUGUGCGCGCAGGGCUUGCGGAGUACACAGCAAAGCUUGGAGCUCUUCAGGCGAAGGGCGAUGACUACGAGAUUGCUGCAGCUCAGAUCGGUGUGGAAGUCUACUCAGCCAUGAACGCGGCUGUGGGCGCCUGACCGUAGCAUGCAAUGUACGCAGUCAGACUGUUGUGUCUCAUGCAGUCACCCAUUUGAUUUCCAGGGCAAAUCAGACUGCAGACUGCGGCAUGGCAUGUAAAAAUGGCCACCAA